AUGGCGGCUUUCUGGACGAUCUCCGCGGCCACGACCUUAGACACGCUGCUGGGGGUCGACCUUGGCGCCUCUGCAGCUGUUGAAGGAUGGGCGGGAGGCGGAGGAGGCGUAGCAGGAGGAGGAGGCACCAACGGCACCGGCGUCGGGAGAUCGCGAGUCAAGAGACAGCUGAUUGACUUCCCGGACGACGCUGUGAUGGAGUUCAUCUUCAAGCUGGUGGUUCCCUACUGGACUUACGGGUCGGCGAUUGGUGUGAGACUGCCAGCUCUUUCAGUAAAGGCUAAACUCAAAACCUUUUCUCGCGUGGUAGACCGUCGUAAACAAGAUAAAAUAUAUGUACCAAUUCACUACCGCUUCGAGCUGACGUACGAACUGCCCAACCAGCUCCUUCGCCGCCGACGCAAGCGCAGUCUGGUGGAGGAAAGGGCGUCUGUCUACGCUCUGCUGGGGGACUCGCUCUCCAAGGCGGGAUUGGACGGCGAAGCGUGUAUGUUGAGGGCGGUGUGUGAGGUAGGGGAAUCCCCCUUGGAAGAAUAUGGAAUGUUCGGGGAAUUCCUUAACCUUAUAUUCACGCCGGGUUUCGGAGCGGAUGGCAACCACCACGACUUCAUCGAGGCGGAAGACUACGGCAGGAGCUACGGGAACUGCUGGUCUGCCUUUCCUGACUGCCCAAUGUCGAUGAGGGAGAUGCUUCACGAAUUCUUCCUAAAUAACGCAGAUAUCCCUACGAAAAAAUAGUUUUACGUUUUCUUUGAUUUGUAUCACACAAUUCCUUGUACGUUUUGCAGGGGGGACGCAUUAAGAAUAGAACAUAUAUAUUUUCGUUUUAGUUGUGACAGAUUAUGAUAACAUUAUCGUCACAUGAUGACGGACUAAGCACCGUUUUACCAUUUUGUUAAUAUAUUUAU